CCUUCAUAAUGUUACUCUAUCCUCUUAGUGCGCGAAACCCCAUGUUUUACUUCAUCAUCGAAGGUCAUUUUCGGCUACUCAAUUCCUAACGAGUUUAAACGGCAAUUCGUCUAGGAAAUGGAUCAGUUCUACACCAAUCGUAUUACUCGAGAGUGACUGGACAAACUGGUGGACCAAACGUCGGCUCGGCUAGCAACAUCUCAAAGCAAACCCUGUUCGAAGAUGGGCAAUCUUGUUUAUCUUCCCGAGCUUGCUUCUGGAUUGGCGGAUUGGCGGUCAUACCUUGAAUGUUCUUUGUCGCAAUGAUAAAUAAUAAAAUGUUGAUCAUCCGCUCAAAUUUGUGAAAUCUUUAACCUCGAAAUAUUUGGCGAUCCGAAGCCUCUAAAUCAUUAGAUCUCGCCGAGGAUGUCGAAUUCACUGAGCGACAAGGCCGACGAUGCCAAGAGGCAGAUAUCAAAUGAAGAGGCGACUAUUAGCAAAGAGGAAGAGGUCCUCUCUACUCAGGGCGUCCCCGAUGUCGCGAACCUGGCCCAGGCUAAUAUGAGGGGGCUAAGAGCACCCGAGAUCAUCGCGAGAUUGACACCCGAACAACGAGUUGAGCUGGAGAAUAGGUUAAGGAGAAAGAUUGACUGGCGAUUGUUACCAAUGGUCAUUAUUAUGUACAUUUUGAAUUAUAUCGAUCGGAAUAAUAUUGCUGCUGCGAAACUUGCUGGUCUCCCCGAGGACUUGAAUUUAGAUCCCAAUUCAAGCGAAUUUCAAACCGCCGUGAGCAUUCUAUUCGUUGGCUAUCUCCUUAUGCAGAUACCAUCGAAUCUGUUCCUGAACAAGAUCGGCAAACCUGCUAUCUACCUCCCAGCAUGUAUGAUGGUCUGGGGUGUUAUUUCGACAGCUACUGCCUCCGUUAAGAACUUUGGGGGCCUUAUUGCCGUUCGAUUCUUUCUAGGUUUCGUUGAGGCGGCUUACUUUCCGGGCUGUCUCUAUUACCUGAGUUGUUGGUAUACACGGAAGGAGCUAGGUCUAAGAACGGCGAUGUUAUAUUCCGGGUCACUCAUAUCAGGUGCCUUCUCCGGGCUGAUCUCAGCAGGAAUCACUCAAAACAUGAGCGGAGUAAGAGGGUUCGGUGCCUGGCAGUGGCUGUUCAUCAUAGAAGGUGUCAUCACCAUCGGUGUCUCUUUCGGCGCGUUCUUCGUCCUUCCUAACUUCCCUCGAACGACAUCGUGGCUCACCGAAGAGGAGAAGGCGCUUGCCGUAUGGCGAUUAGAAGAGGACAUUGGAGAAGACGAUUGGAUCGACAGCGAGCACCAGUCUCUGUGGACAGGGGCUAGACUAGCUUUUGCCGAUAUGAAAACUUGGGUCCUGCUACUUCUUGUUCUCGGUAUCAUCUCGAGCGCCUCCGUUACGAACUUCUUCCCUGCUGUAGUCAAAACUUUAGGCUAUAACAACAUCAACACGCUGCUUCUGACCUGCCCUCCAUAUGUUCUUACCGUCAUUACUACAUUUGUAAAUGCGUGGCAUGCAGAUCGGACGGGUGAGCGCUACUGGCAUAUUAUGGGAUCUUUGAUUGUUGCUAUGGCAGCAUUCAUCCUUGCCGCCGCAACUACCGGUAUAGCUCCUCGAUAUGUUGCUAUGAUGCUUAUGGUUCCUGGUGUAUACAGCGGCUUCGUAGUAGCACUCGCGUGGAUCAGCAACACCCUUCCCCGGCCACCAGCCAAGCGCGCCGCAGCACUCGCCUUCAUCAACGCCGUUUCCAACGCAUCGAGUAUCUACGCUUCUUAUAUGUACGAAGAUAGAAUGGCGCCCCGCUACAUAAUUGCUAUGUCAGUCAAUUGCGGUACCAUAUUUCUCGCUAUGGUUGCGGCUACAACCUUGCGCUUCAUGCUCAUCCGGUUGAAUAAGAAGCUGGACCAGGGCAUCUAUGUUGAAGGUGCUAUCAACGCUUUGCCAGGGGCUGCUGCGCAACAUGGGUUCAGAUUCAAGGUUUAGGGUGUGGUGCUUAUGUGAAUAGGGGGCGGGGCAUGAAGUCAGUUGGCUCAGGGAUUUUCGACAUCGUAUUUAGGUGCAAUCAAUACGACUUCGCAGCAAAAAGCAUGGGCUGCCACAAAAUCAAUAGGGCGGUCACCGUUGUCUAUGUACAUACCUGAAGAGAGACAUCACCUUUCUACUCAUGCGGUUCUUUCCCGUGAAAAGGGGUUAGCAAUAUUCCGGUACAAUCCACUCAGCUGUACUCGCCUCUUUGACUUUCGUUAUGUUUCAUGCAGUGAAAUCACCGGAAUUCGGGUGAAUCUAACGGGCUCUUUCCUGAUUUUUAGCCCCUUUUUCGAACCCGAAAUUGAAGAUCUUAUGGCGGGCACAUACGCAUCGUUAUCUUCGCCUUCGCCUCCGCCUUCUUCUCACUCGACGUAAUCAUCUUUAAGCGACACAUUCUUGUUAUCGCCGUAGUCUUUUUAUUUGCUGCCGUCGUUUUCUUAUUCGCUGUCAUCGUCGUC